AUGAGCCUAUCCAAAGCUGAUUUAAUACCUCGUGUUUAUAACUCCGAAGAGGAUAAUCAAUACAGUAGUUCACUACCUCCUACAUCAUUGACAACUAUGCAAUCAACAAAUAUUACUUGGUAUACAAUUGGUCCGAGAUGUUUAACAAAAGAAUAUUUUAUGUUAAAUUUUCAAUUUGAAGAAGCUUUUAAAUUGGGAUCAUUAAUUCCAACUGAACAAAGUUUAAAUUUAAGUGGACAUAUUGGUGGAUUUCAUUUUACAUGUGAAUUAUUAGGUAUUUUAAUUUAUUCUAACCAAUUCAAUGAAUUGAUGCAAGUUAAAUUUACUUCAACUGUACAAACUUUUUAUAUCAA